AUGCCACCUGGAAUUGACCAACCUCUAAAGCUUCGGUUUUACCAUUCCGUGAUGAUUACAACCAUGAUUUCGGGAAAGAUUUUGGAGAAGCUAGGGGUCUGCGGUGAUUUAACCGUAUUGCGAUUUGUGCUGGAUGGAAUACCACCAUGCAGAGAUUCAAAACUUCUUAUCAAGGAUCUCAAAGUAGAUGGGAAAGGGAGACAACUCUUUGAUUGUCUCAGUGGCUACCUACUCAGCCUCUUAACUGUUCUGGAUCUCUUUUUGAGCAACCAAAUCUACGUGGGCUUUUCUUGGAAGCCAAGGCACCUAGCAUGGAAAUCCGAAUGUCAUUCCAAGGGUCAUACAGGGAAGUCUGUGGGUUUUGAAUCCUUUACUGAUUCAAAGGGAGCCUUUGAAAGAAUAUGCCGCUAUAUUGCCAAAAAAUGUAACUCAGUGGUUGUGUCUGUUGGUUAUCGUUUGGCUCCUGAACACCCAUAUCCAGGGCAAUAUUUUGACUGUCUCAAUGCUACCUUAUACUUUAUGAGGAAUUUAGAAGAGUAUCACGUGGAUCCUGCUCUCAUCAUCAUUAGCGGUGACAGUUGCGGAGCUAAUUUUGCUACGGUUAUUUGCCAAAUACUGGUAAAUAAAAGGGAUCUCCCAAAAAUACGCGCACAGGUCUUACUUUACCCAGGACUACAGGGGCUAGAUUUUCAUUUGCCUUCCUAUCAGCAGAAUGCUAGAAUCCCCAUGUUGUAUCGGAAGCUAGUUAUCUACUUCUGUUUUCGUUAUCUUAAUAGAAAACCAUCAUUUCUUGAAGACAUCCUACAAAAUUGCCAUGUUCCUGAGAUUAUGAAACUGAAAUAUAAAAAAUGGAUAAGUGCUGACAAUAUUCCUGAUGAAUUUAAGAUUAGAGGCUACAUACCACAGAAAUCCACUUCAUACAAACAUGAAGUCCAUGAAGCAGUCAAGGAACUGUUAGCAAUAACAUUUUCCCCCCUUUUAGCCGAAGACUCAAUUAUUUGCCAGCUCCCUGAAUCCUACAUUGUGACCUGCGAGUUUGACGUGCUUAGAGAUGAUGGACUGUUAUACAAGAAGCGAUUAGAGGACAAUGGCAUUCAAGUAACCUGGUAUCAUUCUGAGAGUGGUUUUCAUGGAAUUUUAGCCUUUUUUGGCUAUGGGAUUUUUUCCUUUUUAUCUGGAAAAAAGAUAAUUGAUAACACUGUGAAUUAUAUAAACAGUCUAUAACCGUAUUUUUCAGAAAAAUGGUGCAAGUCUUACAUUAUCCGUGGUGAAUGUAUACUUGGAAAAGAAUGCAAGCAUGUUCGAUUUGUUUUCUAUUUUGACUGCAUGAGGAAGUGUAUUUAGUACUUUCUCAUUUCUCCUGUUACUCUCAAACAAGUGGUAAGAUUAUUUAAAACAUCAGCAUUCUAGAAAACAUUAUUACAAAAACACAAAUAAAAUCAAGCACCUGGCACUGUUUCACUUCACCUCCAGCAGUUCUAGUACCUCGGCACAGCUGGCACACAUUCAAGGCAAACAAGAACAUCUCUUCCUGAAGCUUCUUUUGCAGCCCAGAAAUGCUGAAGACAACAGCUGGGAGCUACUUGGACCCUUGUGGGAGCUCAGAGAUGGUAACGGUACCAGAUGGAGCACAGUAUCUCUGAGGUUCUGUGGAGUCCCAUGUCAGAUAGUGAAACUGCUGCUACACAUUUUAAUUUCUAGGGUUAGCUUGCACAAAGACUACGCUUUUCUUGAAAUACAGGUGUCUGUCUGGGACAGACUUUCUCCACUGGAACUACUACAGGUUUGAUUUUGUUUGGAACUUGAGAAAUGAUAUUUUGUUUCGGAACUUGAUUCUUAAAAUGGAAUCCCUACACUUCAAUAAACGUGCACGUGUUAGGGGAGUGCAGAGAUGAACCUUCUUUCCCUUCUGGUACUCUUUCAAGAUUAUUUUACGCUUAUCAUAUGUGUUUAUUAAAAGAGUUCACAGUUGUAUGAAGGUAGAGAAGCAGAACAUUAUCUUAUCAAGAAGCUGUAAUGUCACGGCAACUUUGUAAUGCUUUCAUCAAUAACAACAAUAAAAACUAGCAAUUCAAAAUAAUCCGUUGAAAGAGUAAGA